AUGAAGAAUUACUCAAAGACUCUUCAUUUACCAAAGACUGCUUUUGGGGCAAGACCUAAUCCUGAACUACUACCCAGGAUUAAAUCUAAGACCACGACAAACUUAUAUAAUAACCAAAAAAAGUCGGGAUCAAAGUUCAUACUUCAUGAUGGUCCACCUUAUGCCAAUGGUGAUUUACAUCUUGGACAUGCAUUAAAUAAGAUCUUGAAGGAUAUGAUUAAUAGAUACCAUGUUCUUCAUAAAGACCAAGUGGUUGAAUACACUCCGGGUUGGGACUGUCAUGGGUUGCCUAUAGAGUUGAAGGUGACCGAGCCUGGUAAUACUGCACCAGAGAUCAGACAAGCAUCAAAAUCAUUAGCAUUAACCAUGAUAGAAAGACAAAAGGCACAAUUCGAAGAUUAUGGGAUCAUGACUGAUUGGAAUAAGAUCUAUAAAACAAUGGAUCAUAGUUAUGAAGUCGAACAAUUGAAGAUUUUUAGUAAACUAGCAGAGAAUGGAUUACUCGUAAGACAAUUGAAACCUGUUUGGUAUAGUGUAGAUUCAAACACAGCACUUGCUGAAGCUGAAUUGGAAUACAAAAAUAAGGUAACCACAGCCAUAGACGCCAAAUUCAAAGUUGUGGAUAGUAAGGGUAGUAAUGGAUUACCUGACUAUUUAGUCAUUUGGACAUCGACCCCAUGGACUUUGAAGGGAAACAAAGCUAUUUGUGUCAAUGAAAGUUUCCAAUACGUUCGUAUGACCGAUGGUAACGAUAACAUCAUUGUUGAGGAAAGUAAAGUCGAUUAUUUCCUGAAAAAGAAACCUGAAUAUUCAUUCCUAGAGCCUGUUGAUUCUACAUUAUUGUUGUCUAUGAAAUAUACUAAUCCUUUGACUGAAGAAACAUGUCCAGUUCUUCACGGUGAUCAUGUUACCAAGGAUGCAGGUAGUGGGCUCGUACAUACUGCACCAGCUCAUGGUUUGGAAGAUUACCAUAUUGGGUUGAAGCAUGGAUUGGAAAUUCGUAGUGUAGUGAAUGAAGAUGGGGAAUUAGAUUUCGUUUCAGGUAAAGUUAACACCGAAAGUAUAGUCAAGUCCUUAUUGGAGAUCUAUGACAACUUAGGAUUGUUGUUUCAUGUGGAUAAGAACUAUAAACAUUCAUACCCUUAUGAUUGGCGUCUGAAAACUCCUGUUAUUCAAAUGGCCACAUCUCAGUGGUUCAUUAACGUGGAUAAAAUCAAGAAAUCAACAUUACAAGCAUUGGAAGAAGUUGAUUUUGUUCCUGAAAGUGGUAGAAAUAGAUUAGUGUCAUUUAUCAAGAAUAGAUCAGAAUGGUGUAUAUCACGUCAAAGAUUCUGGGGGGUUCCAAUCCCUGUGGUUUACUACAAUGGUGAACCUUUGAUCAAGUACAUGAAUCAUAUGAUUGAGUUAAUUAGUGAUCCCGAGGUUGGUACCAAUGGAUGGUUCGAUCCCAAUCGUCCAGUCAAAUUCUGGAUCCCUGAAAGUGAUAGAGCAAGGUAUGAUGAUGACAAAUUGACUAAAGGGAUUGAUACCAUGGAUGUAUGGUUUGAUUCAGGUACUUCAUGGUCAACCUUGAAGGGACAAAUUGCUGAUGUUUACUUGGAAGGAAGUGACCAGCAUCGUGGAUGGUUUCAAAGUUCCAUAUUGAAUAAGGUCAUUUCUGAAGGUGAAAAUGGAGAAUUCAAGAAAAUCAGUCCUUAUAAGAAGAUUGUAACCCACGGUUUCAUUUUGGAUAAGAACAAAGACAAAAUGUCGAAAUCUUUAGGUAACGUCAUUGUUCCAACCGAUUUAAUCCUUGGUACUAAUAAGGGUAUACCAAAGUUAGGUACUGAUGGAUUAAGACUUUGGUGUGCUCUGUCAGAUUAUAGCAAAGAUGUAGCCAUUUCCAAUGAAAUCUUAUUAAGAGUUCGUGACAACUUGAAGAAAUAUAGAUUGACAUUCAAGUUCCUUUUAGGUAAUAUCAAUAGUUAUGAACACGAUGUACCUUGGGAUAAGUUAAGUAAUUUUGACAAGUAUAUCUUGAACAAGUUGAAACAACUUGAAGUUUCCACUGGUGAAAAUUAUGCUAAAUAUAAUUUCCAACAAGUUGUUCAACAUGUCAAUAAUAAUAUGAACAAUGUCUUGAGUGCUGUUUAUUUCGAUAUUUCCAAAGAUACUUUAUACACUGAGAAGCUUUCCCAUCAAGGUAGAAUUAAUAUUGAGUAUGUAUUAACACAAAUUCUCAAGACUUACAUCAAUAUUUUGAGUCCAAUAACUCCAUUCUUAACCCAAGAAGUUUGGGAUCAUACUCCAUUCCCUGAGUUAACUGGAGAAGAAACUCCUUUCACCGUACCUCAAGAAUUCUUUAGAUUACCUGAAAUUGAAGAAACACCAUUUGAAGAAGUCUUGAUGUUCAGAACACAAGCUAAUGGAAUAUUCGAAGAUCUUCGUAAGAGAAAGGAAUUCACCAAGACAUUGGAAUUGGUAGUCAAUAUCAAUAACCCUUCGAACAGACUUUUAGAAAAUGCUGACAUUUUGGCUGAUAUUUUACAAGUAUCAAAAGUCAGUUUCGACGAGCCAGCUGCUAAUAAAAUCGGACAAUUGGACACUGAUAUGGGAUCAUUAGAGAUCUCACUUUCUUCUCAUCACACAUGUCCUAGAUGCUGGAAGCAUACCAGUAUUGAAGAGGAUACUUUAUGUGGGAGAUGUGAAGAAUCAUUACUGUAA